AAAAAUACAUAUAAAAAACAAACCCAUUCAAAGAGUUUCUAUCAAUGAAAAAAAAUAUCAUAGAGCAUAAUUCCAAUUUUAAAAUUCAUAAGCCGUAUGAAAAGUGUGUAAAGUUUAGUUUGAAGCGUAUCGUGCAACGGUGAGCAACGACGUUCUCCUUCGAUGAGAUAAAUCCGCUUGUUUUCCUUAUCAAGAUUAAUGUACCUACCUAUAGUGAUAAAAAUAUCUGUAGCCAGUUAAAACUACGACAGUGGAAGCUGUCACGCGAGCGUCCACGUAUCAAUUUGAAUAUAUUACAACAAAAUGUGGUCCAAACUGUUUACUACCGUUAAAUAUAUUUUAGUGACUGUCAACUUUUUGUUCUUGAUCACUGGCAUUAUUAUUCUGUCGGUCGGCGGGUCGGUACAGUCGGCAUACAAUGGAUACCAUCCGUUCCUGUCCGAUAGAUUUUUCUCUCUGCCCGCGUUCUGCAUCGCGACAGGAGUCAUCAUAUUCCUGAUAUCGUUCUUCGGGUUCUAUGGAGCCUUCAUGGAGAAUUACAUUAUGAACAUGACGUUCGCGGGCGCCAUGAUUCUGAUGUUCAUCUUCCAACUGUCAGCUUGCAUCGCUGGGUAUGCGCUGAAGGGUAACACCGUGGCGUUGGUACACCAACAGCUGACGUUGACCAUGGAUCUAUAUGGACCUAACAAAAGUAUUGAAGUCACGAAGUUGUGGGACCAGGUGCAGGAAGAUUUCGAAUGCUGUGGCGUAGUGAACGCCAGCAACUGGCUGAUCCCGCUAAACACCCAAGAGUCGAAGGGUCUACCAGUCAGCUGCUGCAGUCACGUGUAUGGCACAGUCGCCACGUUUAAUUGCACCAUAGACAAGGCCUAUACUGUUGGAUGUGCCGAGUCCUUCGGGAACUGGGUGCAAAGCCAUGCUGCGGGGAUCGGCGUGGCUGGAAUCUUUUUAGUUUUAAUGCAGGGCCUGGCAGUGGCCGGAGCAUUAUGGAUGGCGAAAAUAUCCAGAGAAGAGCGCGGUGCCUACCCUUAAUACUUAUAAUUCCUAUUAAAACUUCUAUCUAAGUCACCAGUAUCAUCAGUACAUUAUGUGUCGUUAAUAAAAAGUUUUUAUUCAGUUAAAUGUAGAACAAAUCAUGAUAUUACUUAUACAUCAAACUUGGUCCAUGUUUCUUUUUUUUUAAGUUUCAGAAGCUAUAUUUAGUGAUUUUUAUGUCAUAUAGGUAUUUCCAGAGUAAUUUCCAAUGUACCACGACCAAGAUCACUGUAUGAUAAGUAUGGUACCACCUUUAAGGAUAUUUUUAACUACGUACGCAUUUCUAACUAUGAAGCAUUUGUAAAACGAUCAGUUUAGUCAUACUUCACUGCAUAUUAAACUUCUUAGAAAAAAAUAUUUAUUAAAUAAGCAGUUGUUCGAAUAAUUUGUUUACAGCAAAAUGUUUUUUAAUUCAUUAUUUACAGAAUUCUGAGUGUCAAUUAAAAUAGCAAUAAAAUUAAAACAAUGUCUAUCAAUGACAAGUCAAGUCCUCAUAUAUGGUUAAUGUAAUAAAACAGAAAAAAAUGCAUUUCACGAACUUUAAGUACAUAGCGGAUACCUACUAUAAUUUUAAUAAAACAUCCCUACUUAAUUGUUCAGUAUUCAGCAUUUCUUUGCCGAGCGAUGAAAAAAAUAUUUUUGAUUAUAUUCACUUUGAUUGCUUUGAUGAAAAAGGUAAUGAUAGUUACUCAAAAAUACAUAUUAGAUAUAUGUACAUACAUCAAACGCCUUUACAAAAUAUGGAUAUGUAAUAAAUAGGUUUCCUCCUAAACAAUUUUCAAGAUACAUAAGUUGACCAUCUUUGACAAAGCAAUUUUUUGUGCCAACUGGAAAAUAACUUUCCAUUUCCUUAGAAAAUAUAUUAAAUGUUGUUUAUUUAUUUGUUAUAAUAUACGUGUUUUUAAUUUAAUUGAUUAUACAUAAUAUAUCAGCCAGUGGAAUUGUUGUAAGAAAAUAAAAAGUUACAUAAU